AUGUAUAAUGCUCAACCCACAUUCUAAAAUAUUGUUCAAGUAAUUCUAGUUGAUAAUUUAGUCACAAAGAGUAGUAAAUGAUGGUUUAAUGGAUACAGUAUCAGAAAUUAGAUGGAAUAAGGAUCUUUUUGUGACUUCAUCUUGGGAUGGAUAUAUAAGGUUUUAUUAGACUUAGCUAUAAUCUGGUUAUAGGGCAAACAUAUAAGUAGAUUUUAAGACAGCAAUAGAUUGUUAAGAACCGUAUAGUAUUGAUAUGAUUAGUUAGAAUUUUAUCUGUUUGUUGGAAAUAAGACAUGUCAAUGGUAUUUGCUGCAUUAGCAGAUAAUACAAUAAGAGCAUAUGAUAUAAAAACAUAGAAUAAUGCAAUUAUUGGAAUGCAUGAUGAUUGUCCUGCAAGACAAGUUUUUUGGAAUGAAGACUUGAAACUAAUUAUAUCAUUAGGUUUAGAUAAAAAAUUAAGAUUUUGGAAUCUAUAAGCUAAUGGUCUAGGAAAGCCAUAGCCUGCAUUUUAAUUAGAUUUAUAACAUAUACCUACAGUUGGAGAAUAGAGUGGAAAUGAAAAGUUUUUUGCAUAUGCAGAUAUUGAUAAUAAAUUUAGAUGGCUUAAUUGGAGUGUUUUAAGAGGUAAUUAGAAUAGUGGAGCAUCAAGAAGUUUCUUUAAUAUGGAAGAUAAUUAUUUAUAAGGAUAGAUCUCAUGUGUAGGAAUCACUGAAAAUGCAUCAUAAUUGGCAUAUGCAACAGUUGAUGGAAGAGCUAUAGUUAAAUUUAUAAAUAGUAUUGGAGAAUUAUCAACCAAACUCUAAUUCAAAUGCUAUAAAGAAGAAGAAGAAUAAAAAGUAUCAUAAUAUCGAACAGAAAAGAUCUCUCGGAUGUAUAUGUGCAAUACAUUUUAAUUUAAUUGUCGAUCAUCUAAUUGGGCAAGUACUUGUGGAUCUGAAGGUACUCUUGCUUUCUGGGAUAUUGGUAAAAAAAACAAGAUCUUAGGAGUCAAAUUAGAUGGUCCUAUUGUUGCAGGAUAAGUUUCAUAAGAUGGACAAAUAUUUGCAUAUGCAACUGGAUAUGAUUGGGCAUAAGGUUUAGAUAAAGUAGGAGAGUUCACAAAUAGAGUUGGAGUAGCUUAUAUAGAUGACAAAUUUAUACCUUCUUAUUGA